AUGGAGCUCGCCGCCCCCGCCUUCGUGACGCCCGCGGCCGCGGGCCCCGCCCCGCCGGCCACCGCCGCCCUGCGCGGCGCGCCAGCGGCGGGCGCGCCCCCGGCCGCGGGGGGCUCCUUCGGGCUGCUCGCGCCGCUCGGGCUGGGUGCCGCGUGCGCGACGCUCGGCGCGCAGCGGCGGAGGCAGCGGGGGGCCGGGGCUGCGCGGCGGGCGGCCCAAAGCUACAAGGCAUACAGCGACUCCUGGCUGGCCAACGCGGACCUGGGCGUCGACCCGCUGAACCUGGCCGUCGGCACGGGCGUCUUCGACAAGGCGCCGACGGCGGUCCCGGAGACGACGUACUACAACUACCGCGAGUCUGAGGUGAAGCACGGCCGCUUCGCCAUGGUCGUCUUCCUGGCCAGCUUCUUCGAGGAGGCGGAUCGCGGGGCCGUCCUGAAGCAGCUGGGCGUGUCGGGCGCCGUGGACAACCUGGACGCGACCUUGGGCCUGGACGAGGUGCAGGCCCCCGUGCUGCUGGUCGGCAUCGGCAUCCAGGCGCUGGCCGAGUACAACCUGCAGAAGAGCGAGGACGACGGCAACAUCCUCAGCCUGGAGUACAAGAAGGACCGCUGCCCCGGCGACCUCGGAUUCGACCCCGUCGGUGUGCUGGCGGGGAAGGGUACCGAGAAUAUGGUCUACCUCCACAACGUCGUGGUGAACACCGGCAAGCUGGCCAUGAUCGGCGUCACCGCGUUCCUGGCCCAGGAGUUCCUCCUCAAGCGCUGA